AUGGAUGGAUGUGCUUCUUGUGGGAAGAGGGUUAUUUGCAGGAUAGGGACAUCAAUAAUAAAUCCUGGCAGGGCACAGGCAUCGAUAAUAAAUCCUGGCAGGGCGGCUUUGGCCCGGCUGAGGAAGUGGCGCAGCGGCGACAUGAGGCGAUUCCCCACUAAUGAAGGCGAUCGCCGUCCGGGAGACGGGCGGGACCGGGCGGGCGGCGCGGCCGGGCCCGGCCCAGGGCUCUUUCCCGGCGCCCUUUCCCGGGGCUCUUGCGCCGGGGAUUUUUCCGGAGUCUCUUUACCAGGGCUCUCGGAGGGCUUGGCGGCGGCCGCGGGCGCUGCGAGGCGGCAGCGAGACACCUCCGCCAUGUCGGGGGGAGGCACGGGCGACUGCGGGCUGCAGUUAUUUGUGAAGCCAUUUCAGGAAGAGCUACAGGAAGCAAUUUCUGAUUAUCCAACAAGCAAGGAAAGAGAUCAAUACUCAGACGACUUUGAAAGUGAUGAAGAUGGCAUGUUAAAUGAUACUGGGAAAGAACUUGCUGAAAGUAAUUCGAGUUCUACAAGCACUGAGAGAUCUGUUGCUGGGAGUCCUGUCUUGAAUGAUGAUGCUUCACAAAAGGCAGUAGAUUCAGAAAAUGAAGCUGAUGAUGACUUGAAUUUAUCCUUUCAUGUAAAGAAGCUUCAGCAAAUAAUGGUUUUAGAAGGUGAAAACAUACAGAAUGACAGGAAAGAUGGCAGAGAAGGAUGUGUGGAAGGUCAAAAUGAGAAUAAUGUCAGAAAAAAUAAUGAAGAAGUACUGUGUGAUAAUAGUGAAAGUGAUGACUUGCCUAUUAAUGAACUCCAUAAAAAAAGAAAUCAAGAGGAAAACCAACCAAAAGCAAAGCCUCGGAUGCACAAAAAAGAAAAUGCUUCAGCAUCAGAUCAAGAUCAGAAGACUGUUGGCACCAGUGAUUUGAAACUGGAGGACAAUGGUAGGAAAUCCCCUUCUGUUGACAGUUCAGAUGGAAUGAUGAAAAUGACAGAAGGGCAAAUAGUAACUGAUACAAUGCAGGAGGUGCUAGUGAAUGAUCAGUCUGAGCAUGGGGAGGCAAAGAGCACGUCCACGAACACUGUCAAGAAACUAAGUGAAACAAAAGAGAGAGUUCUACAAAACCCAAAGUCUUCUUUAUCUGACAGGUCUUCAACUUCUGUGCAUUUAAAGAGAAAGGAGAAAGGUGUUCUAUCAACGUCACCUGUUUCGUCUCAGUAUCUGGGAUCAUUAAAAGUGUUGGAGGAUAAGAACAUGGAGAAGAAAAGUCCAGAAUUCAGCAAAAUAGAUAAUUUAAGGGCAGCUGUUUUUCAGAACUGGUUGGAGAAGAAGAAGCUCCUUGUACUGGAAUUAAAGAGAAGUGAAAAGGAGAAAGCUGAAAUUCUAAGGAACAAUACUGAAAAGAAAGAAACACUUAAAAGAGAAGAAUCAAUUGCAUGUUAUGAAGCCUGGAAAAAGAAGAAAGAGAGAGAAGCAAAGAAGUUACGAGAAAAAAAAAAGCUUGAGGAACUUGAGGAAAAGAAACCAGCAGAACAGAAUAAGGAAAAAACAGAGGCAGCACAAGCGGCAUUCAAAAAAUGGAAAGAAAGAAAAGUGGAAUAUUUAAGAGAGCAAAGCAGGAAGAAGAAACAGUCUGAAAGAAUGAGGAAGACGAUAGAAGAGGACCUAGUUGCAGAGAAGAAGAGAGUCAGCGUAUCAGCAGUUGAAAAAUGGAAUAAAAAGAAGGAGGAAUACAUAAAAAAGAAGAAAGUAGAAAGAUUCCUUGAAAAAAGAAAGCAAGAAAUGCAGCAGGCAAAGAAGGAAGAAAAAAGUGAAAAGGCUAUAGAGGAAUAUGAAAGAUGGCUGGAAAACAAAACGAGGAGAGAAGAGCUUGAGAAGAACCAAAAGAAGUUGCAGGCUGUUCGUGGGAAUGAAAUGAUUCCUCCCUGGAGGCCACCUGGCAAAGUUACAUAUUCUAGUAAUUACUGAGCAGUUUAUUGCUUUCCAGAAGAACAGAUAGUCUACAAAGUUCUGUCAAUGGCCAGUAACUCUUUCGUUAUCAACUGAUUUUUACUGAAUCCAUUAUAGGUGUUUCAUUCUUUCUUUGUAGUUUAUUUGAUCACUGCAGUUUAAGUAAACCUGUUACUCAUUUGCA